AUGGCCUCCAAACCUGAUAUCCGCCUCGACGGCAAAGUGGCCUUGAUCACCGGUGCUGGCCGUGGUCUUGGUGCUGGCCUCGCCAAAACCCUCGCUGAGCGUGGUGCCGCCGUCGUCAUCAACUAUGCCAGUUCCGCAAAGCCCGCUCUUGCCACCGUGGCUGAGAUCGAAAAGGCCGGCGGCAAGGCUGUUGCCAUUCAGGCCAACAUCUCAAAGGUCUCCGAAGUCACCAAACUUUUCGAAGAGGCCAUCAAGGCUUUCGGCAAGCUCAACAUCGUCAUCAACAACGCCGGUAUGGAGGCUUUCUCCAAGCCCGAGGAUGUCACCGAGGAACUCUAUGAUCAAGUCUUCGGCCUCAACACUCGUGCCCAAUUCUUCGUUGGCCAACAUGCCUUGAAGUACUUGAGCGAGGGUGGCCGUAUCAUCUUCAUGUCUUCCAUCGCUGCUGGCAUGUCCGUCCCCAACCACGCUCUGUAUGCUGGAUCAAAGUCGGCCGUCGAAGGCUUCACCAGGUCCUUCGCUGCCGAUGGUGGUCCGAAGCGCAUCACUGCCAAUGCCAUCGCCCCCGGUGGUAUCAAGACCGACAUGUUCCACCAGAACGCAUGGCAUUACGCCCCAGGUGCCACCAAGGACACUCCCAUCGAGCACAUUGAGGCUGGUAUUGCCAAACUCAUUCCCCUUGGUCGAUGCGCUGUCCCUGCCGAUAUCGCCAGAGUUGUCAUGUUCUUGUGCCAUGAUGACAGCGAGUGGCUCAAUGGUCAAAUCAUCCGCCUCAGCGGUGGUGGCGCUGCCUAA